AUUUAUCUCUUCUUCUUCGCGGAACUCAAACACGAUGGCUCGAACUUUCAUCUUGUGGCUUCACGGGUUGGGCGAUUCUGGACCUGCUAAUGAAUCCAUCCAAACAGUAUUCAAAUCCCCCGAGUUUAAGAACACUAGCUGGCUCUUCCCUUCUGCUCCAUUCAAUCCGGUUACCUGCAACAACGGUGCGGUGAUGCGUUCUUGGUUUGACGUUCCUGAACUUCCUUUUAAAGUGGGCUCUCCAAUUGAUGAAAGCAGCGUGCUUGAAGCAGCUAAGAACGUUCAUGCUAUUAUAGACCAGGAGAUUGCAGAAGGAACUAAUCCAGAAAACGUGUUUAUCUGUGGAUUAAGCCAAGGAGGAGCAUUGACUUUGGCUAGUGUUCUGCUUUACCCAAAAACUCUUGGAGGAGGAGCAGUUCUAAGCGGAUGGGUUCCAUUCAGUUCUUCAGUCAUCAGUCAGUUUCCUGAAGAGGCUAAGAAGACACCAAUCUUGUGGUCUCAUGGAACUGAUGACAGAAUGGUACUCUUUGAAGCUGGUCAAGCUGCUCUUCCUUUUCUCAAAGAAGCCGGUGUUACCUGUGAAUUCAAGUCAUAUCCGGGUCUCGGGCACUCGAUCAGCAACAAAGAGCUGAAGUAUAUAGAGUCAUGGAUCAAACGACGAAUGAAACGUUCGUCGUCUACUUGUCUUCAUCUUAACUGUCUUAAAGAAAUGUUCCACUCAAGAGAUCGAUCACCAAAGAAAAAUGGUGAAGGCAUGCGAACAAGUAGUAGACUGAAGAAGCCGAUCGUUCUUCUCACUAUCGCACUAUUGAGCUCUGUCUUCGUCUUCGUAAUCUACUUCCUAAACAAAUCUGACUUAUCAUCUACCUCUGGUAUCUCUUCUUCUUCACGGAACCCAGACUCCAUGGCUCGAACCUUCAUCUUAUGGCUUCACGGGCUUGGUGAUUCCGGACCUGCCAACGAACCCAUCAAAACACUUUUCAGGUCACCGGAGUUUAGGAACACUAAAUGGCUCUUCCCUUCUGCUCCAUCAAAUCCAGUCUCUUGCAAUUAUGGUGCAGUGAUGCCUUCUUGGUUUGACAUCCCUGAGCUUCCUCUUACUGCGGGAUCUCCAAAAGAUGAAAGCAGUUUGCUUAAAGCAGUUACGAACAUUCAUGCCAUUAUAGAUAAGGAGAUUGCAGGAGGAAUAAAUCCAGAAAAUGUGUAUAUCUGUGGAUUUAGCCAAGGAGGUGCAUUAACCUUGGCUAGUGUUCUUCUUUACCCUAAAGCUCUUGGAGGAGGUUCAGUCUUUAGCGGAUGGAUUCCAUUCAAUUCUUCAAUCAUCAAUCAGUUUACCGAAGAUGCUAAAAAGACACCAAUCUUGUGGUCUCAUGGCAUUGAUGACAAAACUGUGCUAUUCGAAGCUGGUCAAGCAGCUCUUCCUUUUCUUCAACAAGCUGGUGUGACUUGUGAAUUCAAGGCUUAUCCGGAUCUUGGACACUCAAUCAGUAAUAAGGAGCUGCAAUAUUUGGAGUCAUGGAUCAAACAACGGAUGCAGAGCUCUUCGUCUUCUUCUUAAAAUGGUGUUAAAAGGCAACAUUGUACUCAAGGUUUUGGAUGAGUGAAACCAACCACGAUUCAUGAAGAAGAUUUGGGUGAUGUUUUAACUGAUUGACUGAUAAUCUUUUAUCUUUAAUGAUCAGAAAUUUAUGUUCCAAAAUAUUGUUACAAAUCGAUGGGGAAAAAGGUUUGAUUUAUAUUUGUUCUUACCUAUAUGAUAUUGUGAUUAAUUUAUGCGUUUUCAUUUGUUUUACCGAUGCUUUUGUGGAAUUUCAAUAUAUUGAAAAGCUCUGG